GGGUUGCUGCGCGGUUCGUGGCCGGGUCUGCCGCGAGCCAUGGCGGGCGAGGUCCCGGGGCGGGACGCGCUGCUGCUGCGGAAGCUCCAGGAGAGCCGCUGCCGCUUCCAGAAGCGCAUGCAGCGGCUGAUAGAGAAGUACAACCGGCCCUUCGAGGACGCGCCGCUCGUGCAGAUGGCCACGCUCACCUACGAGACGCCCCAGGGCUUGAAAAUUUGGGGUGGAAGACUAAUAAAGGAAAGAAACAAAGGACAAAUGCAGGACUCCCCUGUGAUGCCCACGGAUGGGACACAUGGCCCCGUGCGAGCCACAGCGCAAGGCCCUGAGCUUCCCGAACAAAGCACACAGGUCCUGGAAGCUGAUUCAGAAAGCAGCGAUGUCGAUGCAACUUUAGACCAGGAAGAUCUGGCUGCGUGGGCUGUCACGGUGAGCACUGCCUUUGGUGGCGCAUGGCCGCAGUGA